UGCAGCGUUGAGGAAACGGAGGCUUGCGUACUAACAGCGCAUGUUAGCUAAAAAAACUAUUCAACAUUAUUUUACAUUUAUUUAUCAGCGCCACGGGGGAACCACUGCACUAAUGGAGGUUAUUGGGUCAAUGGAAAAAAUAAACGACCAAAGCCGGCUGCCUCUUUCCUCUCUCCGCCUCCUGGUGCCCCCGCUGCAGCUUCUGUCUGCGGCGAUGUGGCAGCUGGCGAAGCAGAAAGACGUUAUGAAUUAUGAGAAGCUCCAGGAGUUUGUAUUCAUGGUGACCGCGGCGGUGCCUGGACUGAUCAACCACAGACAGAGAGCCCAGCUCCUUCUGGGUCUGAGAGCGAGAUUGAUUCUGGAGCUUUGCAAAGGCUCGGCUCGAGGUUCUGUUGACUCUCAAGUCAUCCAGAGGCAUUUGGAGAGACUCCCAAUAACCAGUGUGAACACAGAUUACAGGGACGCAGAGGUGAAAACAACAGAGUCCACUUUCAUUGCACUUGUUAAGAGCCUGCUGAAAGAUCCAGUUGAGAGAGCGUAUUUCUUCCAGGAGGUGUUCCCCGUGGAAUACGGGCCACAAUAUGACGCCGCUCUUCACGUGUUAUUGUGGGAGCUGCUCUCAAAACUGGAGAAGCUGCUUCCAGUACCGGACUUAAAACAGACUGCAGCCUGGCUCGGCUCGGCUCCUUCUGUGGUGGAGGAAUGUGUUCGGCCCUCGCCCGAAGAGCUGAGCUUCAUCUACGAGCGCUACAAGAGCUCAGGAAUACUGAAAAUGCCUCACGGCCCUUCCUCCACCGUCGGCAGCUGCAUCAUGUCGGCGUUAUCCAUUCCUCCGUCGCAGCAGACGAACGUCUCCGUCGGCCUGGAGUCGAUCCACAACUACGCCAACGUGCUGAACCCCGUCGCCUUCGUCGAAGCGGACCAGUACAGCGUCGUGGCCGUCUACGCCGAAGUGGAAGUCGGAGCGUCGGAGGUCGCCGACGAAGAAAUGAUGGAAUCGGCCGAAGUGCAGGUUCAAACGGAUUUCUACGAGGAGGAGAUCGUGGCCGCCGUCGCCGAGGAGCCGACCGGCCCGAGGGCGGAGGAGACGAGCGAACCGGCGGACGUGGCCAAAGCUCUGGAGACUCUGGCGAAAACAUUCGCCCUGAGGAAGGAGAGCUUAGGUCAAGAGGCACCGACGAAGAGCAGUGACUCCUCCCUCAAUGAGGAGUUUGGGUUGGGGAACGCCCCGGAUGAAGGAACGCCGCGGGAAGGACAAACUGACGAGAUCAGAGAACACGUCGAGGAGGCGAUGGAGGAUCUCCAAGCUGGAGGCACUGAGAGCAAUUUGAACUCUGGUGCGGACUUAGCGGACGACCGCGAAUCCCUCUCUGCCGGCGAAGAAACGACCGGCGUUCCCGGCGAGGAUCCGGGCGCCGAAACGCCACGGUCUCCCGGUUCAGCUAAUGUGCGCCGGUCCACUCGUCUCCAAAGGAAGACCUCGCCCGGUCGGCAGGAGACGUGCACAACCCAGAGGAGCAACGCUGACGUAUCUGUGUUCCCGUCUGUUAUAGCCAUCAAAGGAAUCAACACAGGUGACGCGGACGAGAUGACGUCCAUCAUCUUCACGUGCGCCGAGUGUCCCUUCCACACCUCCGAGGACAACAGCCCUCCUCACUUCCACAUGCAGAGCGUUCCCACCGAGGCGUACAGGACUCUCUCGGGAGCCCGAUUCACGCCGUCGCCUUCGAGCUUCGACGAGAUCUUCACGUCCAUUAAACUCUUCCCCACGGGAGGCAAAGAGGAGGAGGAGGAGGAGGAGGAGGGCGGGGCGGAGCGGCCCGACGACGCCAAAGAGCUCCCGUCGCGCGGCGGCCCGAAGGCGCUCACGUGCGACACGUGCGGCAAGACGUUCACGCGGUCGUCCGACGUGCGGCGCCACCAGCUCACGCACACCGGCGAGCGGCCGUUCCGCUGCUCGCGGUGCGCCCGCACCUUCCAGCACUCGUGGGAUCUGGCGAAGCACGAGGGCAAACACCACGGCGCCGCCGUCUCCUUCCCCUGCGCGCCGUGCGGCAGCUCCUUCGCCAACCUGCGCACGCUCACGGCGCACCACAAGCAGGCGCACGCGCGCGACGGCCGGCUGCCGCAGAUCUGCUCCAUCUGCAGCCGGAGCUUCCCGACUUCCGGCGAGCUGCUGGAGCACCGGAAGUCGCACGUGUCCGCCCGGCGCCACGUCUGCCGGCAGUGCGGCGAGGCCUUCGACUCGCUGCUGGCGCGCGCCCAGCACCGGCAGGCGCACCGCGCGAAGAGCCAGUUCAAGUGUCCGCACUGCGAGAAGACGUACACGCGGCGGUCCGACGUCAAGCGCCACCUGGCCACGCACACCGGGGAGCGGCCGCACCAGUGCGGCCAGUGCGGCAAGCGCUUCUCGCUGCGCUUCAUGUUCACGAAGCACCUGCGCGUGCACACGGGCGAGCGGCCGUUCCAGUGCUCCCACUGCCCCAAGAGGUUCACGCUGGUGUCCGUGCUCGCCCGGCACGAGCGGAUGCACACCGGGGAGAAGCCGUUCCUCUGCUCCCAGUGCGGCAAGGGCUUCCUGUCGCAGGGAGAGCUCUCCAAGCACCACCGGUCCCACGUGGACGAGCGGCCCUACGCCUGCCCCCAGUGCGACAAGCGCUUCAAGAGCAAGAAGACGCAGCAGGAGCACAUCGUGUCGCACAGCGGCGUCCGGCCGUACCCGUGCGCCUACUGCGGCAAGGGCUUCACCAAGCCGUACGCGCUGACGCGGCACAACCUCAUCCACACGGGCGAGAGGCCGUUCCCCUGCGGACACUGCGAGAAGUCGUUCCUGACGCUCGGCGAGGCCCAGCUGCACCGGCGCAUCCACACGGGCGAGCGGCCGUACCCGUGCGCCGUCUGCGAGCUCAAGUUCAAGAGCUCGUCGGAGUUGGCGCGGCACCGGCGGAGCCACUCGGGGGCGAAGCCGCGGAGGCCUCAGUGCGAGCGCUGCGCCAAGACGUUCACGUCCAAGGCCAAGCUUGAGAAGCACAUGGAGAAACACGGGGAGGAGUCCAUAAAGACCUUCAGCUGCACUCUGUGCUCAGUGGUCAUUAACCAACGUUACCGGUGCACCUGCUGA